AUGGCGCCCCCUACAGAUGAGGAUAUCGAAUGGUUUAGGUCUACAUUUCGUCCUAUUCCUAAGCCCCAACUGCCAGAUGAUUGCAUUGAAUAUUCCUUGUAUUGCGUAUCCACCAGCAACGUCGACAGCACUGAAGAUGCUGAUUUAAUUCGUAACCGUCUCACCGAAGUGCAGAAAGCUGCAGCCGAGCUCGUGAGGGCGUUCUUAAAAGACUAUAUAUGGCAGCGUGACACCUUUAUGUUGGAAAUGAUAAGAGAAGAUGGAUUGAAUUUACUUCGCGGACGAACUGAAUAUGGAGACUCAAUAGAGGAUGAAUGGGUUAUUGUCUAUAUAUUGCGGGAGUUGACGCGACAGUUUGAUGAUUUAUGGGUGAAGGUCUCAGACAGUGAUGGCGAAUUUUUGCUGGUUUGGAUUCACAAGGGACGACUACUGAUCAUCAAACCAGAGAAAGACAAGAGAUCUAUCCCUAAACCACUAACAUUCCGAGAGGCAAGGAAAAUAAUUGUUGGAGAUCCUAAGCGACUAAUGCACUCACCAACGAUAGAAGCUGAAGCGUUUUAUCGACUUCGCAAUUACCCGACGCAAAUCGCUGACAACCUCCACACAUCCCCAAUUACCAUACCGCGGAAACUUGCGUACAUACUACAUAUAAAACCGGCUUAUAUAUCCCCAGCAGUGGACGCGUUCUAUAUUAGGGAUCCAAUAUCCUUAAGACCUUUAAAAUCAAAGGACACAAGUGCGUUAAUAUUCAAACCAGAGGAUUUAGUCACCGUUAGCGUCCGCUUUACGAGGGUUGGAUACGCACAAUUAAAAAGCCAGGAUUUUGAACUGCCUCCAGCUUGGAAGGGCAAACUACCACCUGAAACCCCGAAAUUGAAUUAUGCUCGCGCUGAAAUGGGGGUAAAGGUUACCAGUGGAUUCGAAAUGCUGUUGUCAGACCCUCAAAACCAGGAUAAAGUAGCAGUAAGGGAAAUAAAACUCAUACUCGAAGAUAUUGAAUCUGGAGAUGACAAAUUACCUACGAAUGACGAAAUUGAAUCGACAUGGGAGAAACGUGAAGAUGACGAGAAGUGGCUCGAUAUAAGCUUUGAGGACCUUGAGCAGGAGCUGAAAGGGCGACAUGGGGCAGACAAAAGUGCUAAAUUUGCCGGCGCAUUUGGUGACCAAGCUGCCCAAGAGAAUCUUCAAAGAAUAGUGGAACGAUUCGAGCAAUUUUUGAAUGACGACCGCGCUGGCCUUGAUGGAGCCGAUCUUAUCGACGAGACGGACUCCGAUGAUUGUGACGUUGAUACUGACGACAUCAGUAGCGACGGUGAAGAUAAGGAAGUAUCAUUCGAUGAGGAUGAAUUCUCGAAGAUGAUGCAAGAAAUGAUGGGACUUCCUACGAAACCGGAAGGGAAUACCCGACCCAUGAUGAUGAAGCGAUUUGAAGAGUUGAACUCAGACGGCGACGAAGAUGAAGACGACAACGAAGAGAUAGAAAAAUUGUCAAAACAGAUGGAGGCUGAAUUAAGAGCAACGGGAGUCCUCGAUUUGAAUCCAGAAGGGAACAAGAAACAUGCUAUUAAGGGGAAGAACCCAACUCGUUCCAGAGAGAAGUCGGACUCGAGCCAGGAAAUCGAAAGGAGCACUGAUGAUGAGGGUGAUUAUGGUGUUGAGAGUAUGGAUGUCAACCUUGCUAGGAACUUGCUUGAGAGCUUUCGCAGCCAGGCUGGCUCAGCAGGGCCCGGAAGCAAUUUGUUAGGCAUGAUGGGUAUGACGUUGCCAAAAGAUGACCGUGAAUCGAAAUAG